UGAAAUAAAAUACAUAUUUUUAAAUGAAAUGGAAGUAGAAAAGGGUAGAGUGAAAGUAAGCCAAAUAAACGGCUUAGGCUUAGAGUUGAGUGAAGCAAAGGAAGCCGCCGUGUGGUCCCCAUAUACAGGCUGUCUUCCAAAGCUAACACUAAAACUCACAACACAGUAGUCCCUCUCUCGAAAAAGUCUUCUACUUCUUCUUCUUUCUCUCUCUAACUUUCCUUUUCUCUUCUUCCACCUUAAUACCAUCACUUCUUCUCAGCUCUUUUCUUCGUUUUGUUCUCUCUCAGAACAGAGAAGAAUCUCCAAACUCUAAAAUCAAAGAAGAAAAAAUCGAAACUUUAUUUCAUUUCAUUUCAUUUGCAGAGGGAUUUUAUUAUUUGUGAGCGCCAUGGAUACUCAUGGCUAUGGCGUCUCCUUCUUAUUAUUCUUUAUUCUUUGUUCCUUUACUAACUCUUUCGCUGCAUUGCCCAACAACCCAUCUCAGAAAAGUAAUUCUACUUCUUCCGGUUCUGGUCAGAUUAAUUCUAACUCGGUUCUGGUUGCGCUUCUCGACUCGCAUUAUACUGAGUUGGCCGAGUUAGUCGAGAAAGCCCUUUUGCUACAGACCUUAGAAGAGGCCGUCGGUAAACACAACAUCACCAUUUUCGCCCCGAGAAACGAAGCUCUAGAACGCCAACUCGACCCUGAAUUCAAGCGAUUCCUGCUCGAACCCGGGAACGUAAGGUCUCUCCAGACACUCUUAAUGUUCCACAUUAUCCCCAAACGUAUCGGCUCCGGCGAGUGGCCCGCCUCCGAUUCCGUUCCGGUUAGACACAAAACUCUUUGGAACGACCGCGUUCAUUUAACGAGCAAAAACUCCGGCCAAAAGGUUAUCGACUCGGCCGAGAUAGUCCGUCCCGACGACGUAGUGAGACCCGACGGUGUAAUCCACGGAAUCGAAAGUCUUCUAAUCCCACGUUCAGUUCAAGAAGAUUUCAACAGAAGAAGAAGUCUCCGAUCAAUCUCCGCGGUAUUGCCGGAAGGUGCGCCGGUAGUUGAUCCCAGAACCCACAGGUUAAAAAAGCCAGUUGCCCCUGUUCCGGCUGGCGCACCCCCAGUUCUUCCAAUCUACGACGCUUUGGCUCCAGGUCCAUCUCUAGCUCCAGCUCCGGCUCCGGGACCAGGUGGGCCACGUGGCCACUUCGACGGAAUGGCUCAAGUCAAGGACUUUAUCCAAACCCUCGUGCAUUACGGUGGGUACAACGAAAUGGCUGAUAUUUUAGUUAAUCUAACGUCUCUGGCCACCGAGAUGGGUCGGCUCGUAUCAGAAGGUUAUGUAAUUACGGUUUUAGCCCCGAACGACGAGGCCAUGGCUAAACUGACUACGGACCAGCUUAGCGAGCCUGGGGCACCGGAACAGAUUGUGUACUACCACAUCAUACCAGAGUACCAAACCGAAGAGAGUAUGUACAAUGCAGUUAGGCGAUUUGGGAAGGUUCGUUACGAUACCUUGAGGCUACCCCAUAAGGUCAUGGCUCAAGAAGCUGAUGGUUCGGUGAAAUUCGGCCAUGGCGAUAGCCAGGCUUACCUUUUCGACCCAGAUAUCUAUACCGAUGGCCGGAUUUCAGUUCAGGGCAUUGAUGGGGUUCUUUUCCCACCUAACGAGGACCCCAAUUCGGAGAAGAAAACAACUCCUCUUGUUAAGGUUGUCACCAAGCCCACCAGAAGAGGAAAGUUGAUGGAAGUGGCCUGCAAUGUGCUGGGUGUUUUUGGUGUAUCAUCUUCAUGUCAAUAAAGAAAAAAGUUUCUCUUCAUUUUUAAAUACUCAAAACAGGGAAAAACAAAAAUGUCUUUGUAUAAACAAUUCAUAAAUGGUAAAAGAUUAAAAAAAAAAAUUGCCCUUUUCUUUGUUUGUGUAAUUUUGAUUCAAAUACUUGAUCUUCCCCUUUUUAGCUGUGAACAAGAGCUUUGCUGUGUGUAUAUAUAUAUAUGUAUAUAUAUGCAGUGUAGAGUGGCCCUGCCUACUACUACCACUACCACCAUGGAAGAAGAUUAUAUAAAGAGAAAAGAAGAGAGCUUUUGCUUUGAAGAAUUUUUUUUCUUCACUUUAUAGUCCUUACAGAAAAAGAGUAAAAAACAAGUGUUACUGUUGUUUUUGUCAUAAGAAAAUACUGUAAUUACUUCCAUAUCAUUUUUUUUAAAAUAAUUAUUUUAUGUUUGCCAUCUCUAUUGUAUAUCUUAAUAAACAACUUCUCUGAAAUAUCAUAUUAUAAAUUCACAAUCA